CGGACAGCCGACACACGGAGAGGGAGAGGGGCUGAUGCGGAGGAGGACCGAGAGGAGGACCGACACGGACACGGAGGAGGACACGGAGGAGGACCGACACGCGACGCCGCUGGAGGGACGACAUCCUGCGCUCGGUGGGGACAAAGAAAAGGAGUCUACGCUGAGAGAGAAGAGGAAGAACACAGCAAAGCACACGGCGGACUGCAGAAUCUGAGAGCAUCAUCCUCCACUGCCCAGCCUUCAUAAACUAUGUCAGGGCCUGAAACAAGAGACCCAGCCACAGCUCUCUGGAGGGUCCCAGAGGAGCUUUUGGGGAACUUCGACUUGGAGGAUAAGAUUGCCGCGGUGACGGAGGUGAUGGGGAACAAGAACGCCAUCCCGCCGAAAGGUCCCGACACUGGGACAACGCAGAGAGAGGAAGGGGUGUGCAUCGACAGUGCCUCAGGAAGUGUCUCCAGAGAUGGACUGCCGGGCCCCAGCCCAGAGCUGCUGGCCUCCCUGCAGUCCCUCAGAGAAAACAGUGACUACACAAUGCUGCCACACUCCCUGCACCAGAUCGCAGAGGCCUACUCGCUCAAAGAGGACUACCAGUGGGCCAUCCAGUUCCUGCAGCUGGAGAAGCUCUACCACGAACGCCUGCUCUCCAACCUCGCCGCUCUGCAGGCGAACUGGGAGAGCCAGUGGAGAGAGAAGAAGAACGAUGGAAGCAUUUCGCCCGCAGAGACGGACGGCAUCGGUCAGAAACACAUCGAGACACUGAGCCAGAUCUGCAGGACACACCUCCGACCAUCCAUCAGUGUGGAGCAGGACACAAUGAAUUCAACACUAAAAGACAUUCAGAGCGAGAAAGAGACGCUACAACCCUGUCGCGAUGAAGUUAACGAGACUGAAACAACACACCAGGAUGAAGAACAAAAGCAAAGUGUGGACCCCGAGCUUCCCACACCACAGACAUGCCAUCAGGAGGGAGGUGAGGAGGAGGAGGAGGAGGAGGAGGAAAGAGAAGAAGAAGAAGAAGAAGAGACAUGUGAGGAAGGACAGGAAGUAGAGGAGGAGGAGGAGCCGUGCGAGGAGACGCCAGAGGAGGAGGUGAAGGUGGAGUGGCCAACAGGAGUCCCCCAGGCUUCAGACAAGGACCUGGACAAGCUGUCUCACACAGAGGGGAGAUCCUCACCUGACGGUCUGGUCUCCAUUCUGAAGAAGAGGAGAGCAUCGCUGGAUGGAUUGCCUCCCCCUAGCGACAUAGUCACUAAACAGAGCUCCAAACGCAAAGUUCGCUUCAGUGAGCCGGAGGAAGGCAUUGAGCAAGAUGAGAUGGGUGGAGAUUCCUGCCUGAUCCUGCUGCUGCUGUGCCUGGUUACCGUGGUGAUCAGCAUAGGCGGGACGGCCCUCUACUGCACGCUGGUGGACACUUACUCCAACAUUUGCACCGACUUCACUCACAACGUCGACUUUUACGUCAUGAACGUGCGGAGGUUCUUCGAAGGGCUCGCCCACUGGCUGCCCCUCCGGACGUAGGACCCCGUUUCAUCUGCAUUCCGGAUCGGGAUGUUUUCAGAACUGUGCUGCAGUGGACAGAGACUCCCACCUCCACAUCGACCUGGACAGGCGUGGGAUCCACAUGCAUUAAUCUGCCGCUGCCAUCCGGAGUGUUUAGAGCGUUGAUUUCUUCUGCAGUGACUGGAGCGUGGACCCUUUGGCUCAGAUUUACGUCUAACUGGUGCUCAAUGCAACCACCAACAGUCAAAAACGGUCGCCGCGUGCAUGUUGCGGGAUCAGAACCUCCCGGAGGUUCACUACUGUUUAUGUGGAUAUUUACACCAGAUACACAAGAGGGCUCACGACUCUCAACGAUAUUUCUAUUUUAACAGAAGAAGUAGUUCAUCCGUUUCUCUUACGUCUGUAGCCGUCGUAGCUUUGUCUUUUGUUCCUCAAGCUUUCUUGUUCAGUCUUUGGAAAUCAUUAGGAUUGAACGUGUGUUUGUUUUUUUGGAACGAUAAAUGGGCCAAAGGAUGAUGUUUUCUUUCUAGUUUCUGUUACCGCUGUCUUUUCUCCGUUAAAUGGAUAUAUUGUAGGGCUGUACACCUUUAUCAGACACAUUACACAACAACAUCUAAGAUGGAUGUUAUUUUGAAAAACCCUGAUUCCAAAGGAGCCUUUUAUGAUCCUGUCACUGAAAAGUGUCAACGUGCGCGUUCACCUCAAUACAAGUGGUUGCUCUUAACAUUCCUCUCAUCACCUAUGUAUACAACUAACUCAAAGAGAAACACUGUACUGGGUAUGAUUCUGGUAAAUGCACAAAGUGCCCUAUUAAAUGCAGCAUCCCAAAACAGACUGCAUGAUGCUCUAUGUGUGCAUUCAGGGAGAGUGUGGCUCUGGGAAUAUCAGGUCUACCGACUGAUAACACAACACACUGCAGUGUCGUCAUGACGAUUAUCAGGAUGCAAUAUAGUCAUUUAACUCCACAGACUCAGGCACUGUCCCUGUGUUUUCAUGUCCUCGUGAUCACAUACAGGUGGUUUAAGAAGAGAAGUAUAUUAUUCUAUAUCUUCAUGUCUAUCUUCACUCUGCAUUGGGCGUGUGGGAAUACCCAGUGGACAUGGCUCAAAGGCUGAGCUCUGUGGACCAACAGCCGUGUUUCCCGUCUGACACAAGGGACACAACAUAAAAACACGGCUGGCAACACUGAAUCCUUUUGUAAAAAACACAAAUCUAAAUUGCAUGUUUUUUUAUUGAUGUUUUUACUGAUUUCAACACAAUUCUUUUCUUAUCUCUCCUUCUAAACUCCCAAUUGUAUGCAAAGUGAUGAAUAUUACUUCUGUAUUGAUCUCAGUGGAUGUUGCAUUAUGCAAUCCACCUUAAGACUAUAUGUUUCUAUAUUUAUGUUCAGUUGUGUCCACAAGGGGAAUACAAACAAAAUGGAAAGG